AUGUCGUCGAGCACGCACCUCGGCGUCACUGAGCUACCAUCUUCUCCGCGAAUCGAAUAUACAGCCUACCCGCACAUCAUCGAGAGCAUCCUGGCCCUCUCCGACCGCGCGACUCUCCUCCGCCUCCGCGCCACCUGCAAGGCUCUCAUGGCUCAAGCCCACCGAGCUCUGCACACGGGCCGCCUCCUCAUCGAAGUAGAGGGGAGCUUUAUAGACCGCCGCUCCCUCUCUCCCGAGUACGAGGCCGACUAUCCGCACUAUCCGGCGAGUUGGGCACCCAAGACACCAGCGGUCGUGAUGCGGAGCGGGAGGGGUGCGCUCCCCUUCCGCAGCGAGGAGGAGUGGACGUGGGCCUGUGCGCGCAGCAGCGCCGUUGAAAUCGACAGCGCGGCCCUGGCCGCCUCGUCCUGCGUGGCGCCUCAUGCAACGAGGGGCUUCGCCGUGCGCGAGUUUGACAACCCCGACGAAUUCGGUCUCGAAGCGCGCAAGGCCUCGAGCGUGUUCCCAAGCCGCCCCGUCCCCAGCACCCCUGACAGUGUGGGCAUGCAGGCGAGCCUGCUCCGUGCACUGGGACACGUUCCACGCUCUGCUGUUGUCACUAUCGACCACUCGGGCCGGAACGGGGCGCAGGGGACGCCGGCCUGGCUUCCUCCGGUUGACAGCCUCGUUUUCCUCCUGAAUCCCCGUUGCAAUUGCCUGCUCUUCGAGGGCGGAGCUGGUCCUAAUGGCCUCCUUCCGCCCACACAUUCGGCAAAGCACAUCACACUCCGAGUGCCGCCUGAACGGAAGUACAGUGAUUCGGAGGGAACGACUGGCUCGGGGAAUGAGAGUAGUGGGGUUGACUCGGACGAAUCGGAAGACAUGAGGGGUAGUCUCUGCGAGUCGUGGGGAGACAGCGACUCGGACAGCGACUUCAAGACCUGCCAGCUGACGUGCACGCUCGUGCGUCUGUCGCUUGAGCGUCUGACGUUCUCGGUCGAUCUGUACAUCGAGGAUCUCCGUCUCAUCAAGUACGACUAUGUCCUCACCGACCUCAUGUGCUUUCGCGGCUCUGCGAAAGCUCUUCGCACCUUUGACAUUGAGCUGCGCCAACGCAGUGUCCCCGACCACCCUGCCCCCGACGCAGAAAGGAAGCAGGAAUUGGCGGAACGCAUGCUCAGGACGGAGUGUGCCGCCUUCUUUGCAUUCGACGCCGGAAUGGUCAACAUCAGUUACAGCGAUGAGGCUGGACUGCGUAGACUCUGGUAG